UAGCUGAGGGGCUUAGCUAUUACUUGCUCUGACAGAGACUGCGGACCCAGCUAAAGGGUGGUGAGCAAGCGAUCCACAGUGAGAGAGAAUUAAGGUUGGCGAGAAACUUGAGCAGGAAACAAAGAAGAGUUUGCCUUAUAUCUGAGACUAGGAUUUCUUUUUUGUGUUUGUGUGUGUGUGUGUGAGUUUGUGUGUGAGACAGAGGCCAGUGUUUUGAUUCCUUGUGCCCUCCCCGGCUCUCCACACCUCCGGUGGUACAAACUUUAUUCUUGGCGAACUUUUCUCUUCCCUCCCUCCCUUCAAUCCUUCCCUUCUCUUUCCUCCUCUGCCCCUGAGUUCUGUCCUCCUGCAGAUAUUAAAUGGGCUUCGAAAUGCCAAGGAGAGAGAAAGAGGGAAGAAACAAUAAGGCGUAAGGACCCGCAUCUUCAGGUUGCUGAUUAUUUGCUACAGAGAUAGAUGCCCAUACACAUCUAUCGCUGCUCCAGGAAGUGGCAAUUACAUUAUCUCCUGACUCUCCUUGCAGCUUCUCAUCGUGGGAAAACGCGAACUCGGAGCCUUUCGGGCAAGUUCCGUCACUCCCUUUUGAAAACCAAACGACUCUAAUAUCCACUUUGUCCAGAAGAUCCAGAAGAUUGCGUGGAGGCCUGCCUGCCUCGCCUCCGCACUUCUGGCGAGCCCCCACCCCCUCACCACUCGCACCAACUUCCACUGGCAGACACAACAGAAGGCAGGGACUUUGGGUGGAGAAGCAGAAGCGAGCGCCUCGCUUACCAGCGGCACCGGAGUGAUCGGGGAAGGGAGCCGACUUCGACAGCUUUGCUGAACCUCCCGCCCCUCGCGGUUCCUGCUAUUCUCCCUCCAGGGCCGGAGUUCAGCUCUCUUUUCUGGAAGGGGAGGCACAGCUGAGAGGCCACCACCGAGGGCACCCGUACCCGCGGCUGCAAAGGAGGCUUGUUGGCCGGCUGCCCCUGAGCAAGAACCGUCCCCAUUCCAUUCUUUUCUUGCACGCCAGUUUCAACUCUCUCGAUCCCUGCCUCCUCUCCCCCCACCUCUUUUUGUGUGCUUUUGUUGUGUCGUCGCGGCCGCGGUCGCUCCCCCGGAGGAGAGGGGAUUAAAGAGCAGCCGGAAUGCCCCAGCUCUCGGGGGGAGGCGGUGGCGGCGGCGGCGGGGGGGACCCGGAGCUGUGCGCCACCGACGAGAUGAUCCCCUUCAAAGACGAAGGCGAUCCGCAGAAGGAAAAAAUCUUCGCAGAGAUUAGUCACCCCGAAGAGGAAGGAGACUUAGCCGACAUCAAAUCCUCCUUGGUCAAUGAAUCCGAGAUCAUCCCAGCCAGCAACGGGCAUGAGGUGGUCAGACAAGCACAAACUUCUCAGGAGUCAUACCAUGACAAAGCCAGAGAUCACCCUGAUGAAGCAGGGAAACAUCCGGAUGGAGGAUUAUACAACAAGGGCCCAUCGUACUCAGGUUAUUCUGGGUAUAUAAUGAUGCCAAAUAUGAAUAACGACCCUUACAUGUCAAACGGAUCUCUCUCUCCGCCUAUCCCUAGAACAUCCAAUAAAGUUCCCGUGGUCCAGCCAUCCCACGCGGUCCACCCUCUCACUCCCCUCAUCACUUACAGCGACGAGCACUUUUCACCAGGAUCACAUCCUUCCCACAUCCCAACAGACGUCAACUCCAAACAAGGCAUGUCCAGACAUCCUCCAGCUCCUGACAUCCCUACCUUUUAUCCCCUGUCUCCAAGUGGUGUAGGACAAAUUACCCCACCUCUUGGCUGGCAAGGUCAGCCUGUAUAUCCCAUCACGGGUGGAUUCAGGCAGCCCUACCCAUCCUCACUCUCAGUCGACACCUCCAUGUCCAGGUUUUCACAUCAUAUGAUCCCUGGCCCUCCAGGUCCCCACACAACUGGAAUCCCUCAUCCAGCUAUCGUAACACCUCAGGUCAAACAGGAGCACACUCAUCCUGACAAUGAGCUAAUGCAUGUGAAGCCUCAGCAUGAACAGAGAAAGGAGCAGGAGCCGAAAAGACCUCACAUUAAGAAACCUCUGAAUGCUUUUAUGUUAUACAUGAAAGAGAUGAGAGCGAAUGUUGUAGCUGAGUGUACUCUGAAAGAAAGUGCAGCUAUCAACCAGAUUCUAGGCAGAAGGUGGCACGCCCUCUCCCGUGAAGAACAGGCUAAAUAUUAUGAAUUAGCUCGGAAAGAAAGGCAGUUACACAUGCAGCUCUAUCCAGGCUGGUCUGCAAGAGACAAUUAUGGUAAGAAAAAGAAGAGGAAGAGAGAGAAAUUACAGGAAUCCACAUCAGGUACAGGUCCAAGAAUGACAGCUGCCUACAUCUGAAGCAUGGUGGAAAACGAAACUCAUUCCCGACGUGCAAAGCCAAGGCAGCAACCCCAGGGCCUCUUCUGGAGAUGGAAGCCUGUUGAAAUUCCAAACAUCUCCUCGGUCUGAGCAGUUGACCCCAAAGGAGUCUUGAUGUCCACUUGACCCUGUGGUUACUGCUAGAGACAUUGAACAUAAGGACAAUCACUGCCAAACCCCUCUUUGCUUCUACUGCAAGAACCCAGUCCUGAAAGAAAAGCAUAAGAAGAUUUUAAAACAACGAAUCCCACAAAAUUGAAAUGCACACGAGAAUGUUUGCAGGCUUUGGGUCAGUUGAGAAGCUUCUCUCCCUUUAUCUCUGCCUUGUACUUCCCAGAGUAUUUUGCAUCCAUGUCUAUACCUUUUGGCAAGCAAGGUAACCUGGCCAUGUCCGCCUGCCUGCUGCAAUCACCUGAAGCCAACAGCCAGCCAGCACUCAAUCACCUGCCCAUCGCCCCGUGAGGAAUUUGUGGAAGACUUCCCAUCAUUGUUUCUAUCUCCAUUGUUUUCUCUCUUCCUUCCUCCCAAACUUUUUAUUUAAUAACAGUGCAAAAGGAUCAAUUUUAUGUUUGCUUCUUUUUUUUAAACUUGAAUGCUUUUAUAUUUUUAACUUUUUAGUUUUAAUUUCCUUGGUGUAUA